AACUAAUUAUACAUCAUCUAUCCGCCUGUCUAUCAAUGACCGAUCAUCGACUCUGCUGGUCGGGAUUAUUGUACGCGACCGACAGACGUCCUGCCAGUGACUGCUGGCCUCGGAUUUCUUGUCGUACACACUCUCGUCUGCUAAUGGUCAUAUGCCAUGAGUGUCUGACGAGGCUAAGUGAUUAGGCAGUCCCCAACAGCUCUAGGCUACCUCGUUAUUGCAAAGCCAUCCAAAGCUGCUUAUCUUUGUUGUUCUUUAUCCCAUUACUAUCUGCGAGAACUCCGUGUAUUGUCUUUUCUCAUGAUAGCUUCAGCAAUAUCCUGCUUGACAGCUCGUGGAUAAGACGACUGCGACUCUACUGUCCCGUUUCGUUGCCUUGCCAUCAACGUCGGAGAGUUCAACUAUCCGAAUCGUCGCCACUACACGAGAUGCUUCAACCGUUCAAGGUCAGGGACCUUGUUUCCCAGACUGCCAAUGCGAAUUUGCACGCCGUUGCCUCAGCAGAGAGUACUUCUCAGGAUACAGCAGCAAAGUAUACAGAAAUCCGAACAACCCACGAUGUACGGAGAGAUGAACGACAUGGCGUGGUUGUACUUUCUGCCUCCGAAUAUGAUCACAUAAUCUCCACCCAUCCACGAGCAGCACUUACGUAUAUGGACCCUGAUGACGGAGAGACUAUCACUGUUGGCUCAUCGUUGGAGCUGUCUCAACGUUUGGAAGAUCCUGUUUUCGAUUCAACUCUGCCGUGGGCCUCUCCUCCCUCUCCUGGUCCAUCUUCAUCGCAAGAUGACCAGAAUCCGAUGCAUAUAUUCGAUAUCCGUAGAUCGAAUUCAGUCACAGAAUUAUGGAAGAGAUAUGAGCGAAGUAACCGGUUUCCAGAGCAAUCAUCUUCCCAGGAGACCUCCCUUGAGGAUGUGAGCGAAUCCAAACCGUCUAAACCGGUCUUUGGAGAUGCUAGCACUGUUGACAUCCGUCAACGCUGGCUCCGUGCUUGCAACCCGCCUCAGGUCCCCAAGAGAGAACCAUCGCCCCGCAAACAACAAGAGCAAGCUCCCCUUUCCAGUUUCUCCUCCGCUCAGGUGAGCGACGCAGCUUCUUCGUCUAUGCCAGCAAACACCGACUAUACUGGAGAAAAGGUUGCUUCGCAAGAAUCCGGCACUUCCUUCCUCACUGCCGAAGGAAAGCGACAGGCACAAGAGGCAGGCGCACGUAUGCGUGGCUGGAGGCAGACUCCUGAUGCUAGCACCUCGAGAUUUAUCUCUCUACCUUCUAUCCAAGGUGAUCCUUGGGUGCCUGGAGCCUCUAUGAAUUGUUCUACCAAUGCGUCCAUGCGGGCAAGCUCACGGCCGGAGGCUACACCAAAUCCCGAGCCGCCUGCUGGCGAUGAGGCUCAACCGCUGCUAGCUGCAUUUGAAGCCGAAAUGUCCAGAAUCAUGGAAGCCCACACUGACGCUGAACGUGAAGGGCCUGGAGCUAGCAUUUCUACUCCUGUGGAGACGCAAGGAGCACAACAGCCCUCUGAUGCCACCAGGCCGGCAGACCUCUUUGUUCAUGCUAUGAAUAAUGUGAUUGGAAAAGUAGAGCUUGUCGGGUCAGAGUUGAGGGCUAGGCUCCCGGAAAUCGAGCGUCAAGUUUCAAGCGCUCAGAGGGCCUUUCCUGAACAAAUCCGACCAACUUUACAGAAUGCGCUGUCCGCCCUUGACGGCUGUGUCAAGAAUCUAGCAUAUUCCCUUGGUGAGGCUUCAAUUGUCUCAGGGAAUCCCGCCAAUAGGGUCCGCACCCCGGAGUUUCCUCAGGCUGAGCAGGCCGUCAAUGAUUUCCGCGAACUGGCCAGUGAAUUUAGUCAAAUUGGCCGCACCUUGUUUGAGUCCUUCCGCACUGAGUUUGGACCAUCGUUCAGCUCUGGCGCUACCCAGGAGUCUUCUGCUGAGGCCAUAUCUGCUUCCACUCAAACAGACACCGCUGUCCCGGAUGUCGAUUCUCAACCUGGCAGCACUGUGAGCUCGGCAGUUUCUGAAAUGCAGGGACAACAUGAGACAUCCGGUCCUUCUUCCUUUUCAAAAGGCAAAGAGAGGGUAGCCGAUAUCACAGACGACACUCACAAGGAAGUUUUUGACAGAGAAUCUAGCCAGACUAAGACCGAUGAGGGAGCUGCUACGUUUGGACAGCCGCCACUUUCCCUCCAGGGAGCAUCUUACCCACACAUUGGAUUCUCUACGUGGCAGUUACCUACGGUGCCUCCUUUUGGAAGACCAGGCAAUCUGCCGAUUCCACAUGACCCGUAUCCACCACCACCACCGCCGCCGCAGUCAGACUCUCAGGCUGCUAGCUCCCUCCAAACUAGUUCUCAGGCGCCCGCAUCCGAGCAAGAGACUUUGUUCAUCGGGAAUGUUGGAUAUAACGUGACUGAUAAGGUUAUUCAAGACGUGUUCGCUUCCAAAGGGUUUUUGGUCAAAGUGGAUCUACCGGUCGAUCUUGAAAGCGGAAGGCAUGCAGGCUUUGGGUACUUGCAUUUUCCAUCCGUUCAUUCUGCAAAAGCAGCACUAGCAGCUCUUCAGGGUGCUCAUAUCGAUGGCCAUUCUAUCAAUCUCGAGUUUUGUCACGGCGCGCUACAUAACUCCAAGGAUAACGCUGCAUCCUUAUCGGGUGCUACGGAGCGUCCUCUAGGGCUCCUGAACCCCAGAUCGCAGUCUGCAUAUCCUCAGGUUAAGGAUUCCUUCUCGAAGAAAGUGUGCACAGCCGGAACUCCCUCAGCGAUGGCGAAGUGUCAAAAUAUCUCCACGCUUCAGGGGAGCUCAAAGAAUGACACAGGGGUUAGCAUGCUUGAUGAGGCUGUUGUUGAUCCUGAGUUUUCUGCUCGUUACCCCUCCCUUUUGUCCGGAGGUCCAGGGGUCGGGGCAGCAGACACUCCUUCUCCUGGGAAACUCGCGGAGUUGAAUACGAAGGCGAGAAUACCAGAAUUUCCGCCUGUUUCUCAGGUAGAUGCACACGUCUUGAGAACUAGCCAUCGCCUUUCUCACCCAACGCCAUGUGCUCAUAUUAAUAUGUCGGAGGCCAGACAGAACCAAGAUGGCAACCCUCAUCCCGCUCUCGUUGAUACGGGCGAUGUGCCAGUCGCUUCCACAGAUGAACAGCCAGUAUCACUGCCCAGGCGCUCACCCUAUCACAGAGGAAGGCGACCAAUGUCGACGCGUGAGCCAUACGAUCAAUACGGUGGUGCCAGCCUUCCACGGCGUGUACUGCAUGGACCGCAUCGAUCCAAUACGUUGACAACUGUUGGUCCUUCGAGAAGGCCUCUAGAGCCUUCUAAACAUAUUUUUAACCCAGAGAUGCUCCCGAGACGUUGGCAAAGCGCACGUUCCGCUGUCUGUGCACCUGAUACAAACGAUCCGCGAUGGAUACGCCAUGCUAGGCUUACCGAGAGGCAAAAUGACCAGGGCCCUCACCAACAAACCAGCCUUAAUGAAAUUUCACGGGCAUCCAGCGGCUUCCCCGUUGAUGACAUCCACAACCAUAACGAGGGAUCAGGGUCCGGCCCUCGAUCUGACACCAGACGCAGGCACAUUACUGGUUGCGUUGAAACGCUGCUUGAGCUUGGGUAUGGCAGUAUGAGGGGAGGUCGGCAGAGAAUGACUAUCUAUGCAGAAGCGGCCGACGGAAAGAUCCAAGAUGCAAUUGAUAUGAUCGAAGAAGAAAGAAAGGCAUACGAACAACAGGGGUCUCUUAUUUGAUUGUGUUAUGCAAGGCGCAAAUGUGGCCUGGGCUCUGGAUCCUACAUUAGGAAUACUAAUGACAAUGAAUCUUUUGUAAACGGUCCAUGACAGUCUCGACAAGAUAAAUUCCGUAAUUGAUUGAUUUAUAUAUAUUGUUGCAGCUCGAACUUAUAUCCAACUCCCAG